GUGGGUGGGUGGGGGGGAGAAGAAAAACAGCCUCGUCUCGCCCACUGGCAGCGACUGCAGAUCCAUCCCGGCCAGGAAUUCCAAAGUCUGGGAAUCUGAUUGACAUUUUGCCGAAGAAGUUGUAGGAUUUUCUUAUUUUUUUGCCCCAAAAGGAGCCGACACGCGCGCACCAUGUCCAGACUGUGUCACACUGCGGUGCUCUUGCACUGUAUCCUUCUUCUCUACGUGUCCCUCCCGGGGACCCGGGCUCAGAGAUCCAGCGGACCCAGGUUUCUAAUAGGAGAUCGUGACCGAGACCUGGAGUGCAAUGUGCAUUGCUCUAACUCCCAGGUGAAGCCACUGUGCGUGUCUGACGGCAGAACGUACGAAUCAAGAUGCGAUUAUCUGAGAGCCAAGUGCAGGGAUUCAACACUGGAGAUCACACACCGCGGCAGAUGUAAAGACGCGGGCCCAACAAAGUGUCGGACAGAAAGGGCGCAGCAAGCACAGGAGCAAGCGAAAAAACCACAGGACCCUGUGUUCAUCCCUGAAUGUAAUGAAGAUGGUUCAUUUUCUCAGGUGCAGUGCCAUACGUUCACUGGAUACUGCUGGUGUGUGACUCCUGAUGGGAAACCCGUGAGUGGAUCUUCUGUUAAAAACCAAAGACCCGUCUGUUCAGGUUCGGCCACUGAUAAGCCCUCAGGGCAAGGCAGUUCAGGCAGAAAAGUUUCUUUUCAAUUCUUUCUAACUCUAAAUUCAGAAGACGUGUCCAAGCCCACACCGACUGCAGAGACCCAGCCAGUGUUCGAUGGAGACGAAAUCACAGCACCAACCUUGUGGAUAAAGCAGCUGGUUAGUAAAGACUCCAAACAGAAUGGCUCCAGCAUGAGGAUACUAGAGAAACCCUCCUGUGAUCAGGAGCGUCAGACGGCUCUGGAGGAGACGCGGCAGUAUCCCCGAGACGGCAUCUUCAUCCCAGACUGUGCAGAGGCCGGACUCUACAAGCCCGUGCAGUGCCACCAGUCCACUGGCUACUGCUGGUGUGUCUUAGUGGAUAUUGGACGCCCCAUUCCUGGGACCUCGACUCGUUACCAGACCCCAGAGUGUGACAGCAAUGCCAGAUCCAAGCUUUCCGAAGGAGACGACCCUUUCAAAGACAAAGAGCUGGCAGGCUGUCCUGGUGGAAAGAAAGGGGAGUUUAUCACCAGUGUUUUAGAUGCUCUCACUACCGAUAUGGUGCAAGCAAUCAACUCACCGACGGCGCCUGCUACAGGUGGAAGAUUUCCUGAACCUGAUCCAAGCCACACACUGGAGGAGCGGGUCGUGCACUGGUACUUUGGUCAGCUGGACAAAAAUGGCAGCAACAGUGUCAACAAAAAGGAAAUGAAGCCAUUUAAACGCUUCUUGAGAAAGAAAGCCAAGCCAAAGAAAUGCGGCCGAAAAUUCACGGAUUACUGCGACUUGAAUGAGGACAAGACCAUUUCACUGAACGAGCUGAAAGGAUGCUUAGGAGUAAAAGAAGGAGGUAGCAGCAUGGGCGGCCUCUCAAAUGGAAGACGAACAGGAGCGAACCCUUUCAUAGGACGCUUGGUGUGAAGUAGAGGAGGGAACCUUGAGUGGAGAGAACCAGUGCUCUGUAAGCAGGCACGACAAAAAAAAAAUGGCAAUAAUCUGAACGCAAGAAGUGUCGCCAAAAGUUUGCACUUUUUUUUAAAAAAUGUAUACCAUUAUAGAUCGAUUAUAGAAGAAAGAUGCAAGUUUCUAAACAGCUACUGAUUUUUUUAAAAAAAGGUUAAACCUUAGUGGUUUGGACAGAACAAAACUUGAGGAGAUAUUUAAUUGUACAGUUCUGAUGUACAGUUGGUUGCAUCACUGCGUCGGUGGCAUUUAGUGUUACCCUUGUUCUUAAUCACAUACAAUGUAUGUGUCGGUGUUCAUUUCUAUAAUCAAAAGGUUUUUCAUUCAUUCAUUGAUUCUUUAAUGCUAAAUUUUAGUCACGCCUAUGGAACAAAGACAGUAAGAUUAGUGUGUGCGUGGGGGUGGGGGGGGGGAAAGAGGGAGGAAAAUGAUUCCUCGAAGAAAAGAACUGGACUCAAAACGGCUAAAUGGCAGCAAUGUCUUGUAGAUAUCAAAGCUUACAAAAAUAUUCAACCUUCUGCCUUCUUUCCAUUACCGAUAAAAAUGCAUUUGAUUUUCCAACAUGGUGCAUUACUGAUUUACUAAUAAAAAUGUAAUAGAAUGA